GUAAAUAUGAGCUGGUUCUUUUUUUUUACAAGGGAAAAAACUGUUACGUACACAAGAUAUAGAGAGAGAAAGUCCUGAGCUUCGCGGCAAAGAGAGAGAAACAGCACCGACUCGGAUCUGUUCAAUUGUUUGCUGUUUACUCGUUCUCAUUUCCAUCCAUUACUGCUCAAUGCAUUGCUUCCCAUAGAAGGAGCUCAGUUACAUUCCGAGUUAUACUCGCAUUUUAUACCGAGUCAACUCACUUGCACACUUCUCUCUCCCUCUCUAUAUCUCGACCACAGCGCUCCACACUGCAAUAGACGAAGCGGGCAACUCCCAUUUCGGAAAAAGUCGUGAUCUUUGGUGUUUAUGGUUAAACUCCGAUUAGUUCUGCCGGAGCUCCGGCGGGUCUAGGGACAUAGGCCGAGCCGCCGAGGUAAAUGUGUAUGUGAGAAUUGAAAAAUGUUUAAGUCUGCGCGAUGGCGUAGCGAAAAGGUGAAGAUCAAAGCUGUUUUCAAGCUGCAGUUCCGUGUGACUAAGGUAGCAGCAGGGGAUGCAUUGUUGAUCUCUGUGGUUCCUGCUGAUGUUGGGAAGCCGACAGUGAAACUAGAGAAGGCCAAAGUUCAAGAUGGGAGCUGUUUUUGGGAGAAUGCGGUUUAUGAAACCAUGAAGCUUACUCGUGACCCUAAAUCAGGGAAGAUCCAUGAGAGAAUCUAUAACUUUAUAGUUGCUACCGGAUCUUUGAAAUCUGGAAUUGUUGGAGAAGCUACCAUUGAUUUUUCGAGUUAUGCCGAGACAACUAAGGUUUCAUCAGUGUCUCUCCCACUCAAAAAUUCAAAAACAGGGGCCAUGUUGCAUGUAUCGAUACAGAGAAUCCAUGAUUCAUUUAACCAGAGUGUUAAUCAUGAAAGUGAGACUGUAAAACCAGAUGCUGAGGAUAAGACUUUGAAGGAAAAAUUAAAUGAGGACAUGGAUGAAUGUUACGAAGACAACCCUGUUAAUGAAACACAAAUAAAUAGAAAUCUUUCGCUUGUUGGCAUGAAUGUGGGAAGGACCUCUAGUGAAUCUGACAUCACACUGUCAAGUUCUGAUAGUAGCUCCGGGCUAGAUACACCCCACGAAUUUGAAGCGAUAAACAAUAACUGCCUCAAAGUUCAGAAUAGCUUGUUAUUAUCUUCUCCAAACAAUGGUUUGUCUCACAGGUCACAAUGUGAGUGGCUGACGAGGCAAGCCGAGGUUUGUGACUUGGAACUACAAACUCUUCGCAAGCAAAUCAUAAAGGAGAGUAAAAGAUCACAAGAUCUUUCAAGAGAAAUGGUUAUUGUCAUAGAGGAACGUGAUGCUCUCAAAGAAGAAUGUGAGAAACUUAAAGCCUCUAGGAGGCGUUUGGAUGAUGCAAAAUGUAAAGACGAGUUGCUCGAUGGACGGGAUGUUCACACACUUGUUCAUGAACUUAGACAAGAAUUGAAUUAUCACAAGGAUCUUAAUGCUAACCUUCAAAUACGACUAGAGAAGACACAAGAGUCAAACUCUGAGUUGAUUCUUGCUGUUCGUGAUCUUGAAGAGUUGUUGGAACAGAAGGAUAAGGAGAUCACGAAGCUAUCCAGCAAUUCAGAGAAUAUAUCUAGGCUAUGUUUGGCACCUGGAAAAUGUGUCACUGGCAACACCAGCUACAAAGAUGAUGGUGAUGAAGAACAAAAAACACUGGAACAGCUUGUGAGACACCAUGGUGAUGGCAUAGAAUCAUACGAGCUUGAGCAAAAGAUCAUGGACCUCGAGAACGAACUGGAGAUCUACCGAAGAGAUAAAGACGAAUUAGAAAGCCAAAUGGAGCAGUUAGCACUUGAUUAUGAGAUCCUGAAGCAGGAAAACCACCACUUGUUGCAUAAACUAGAGCAGAGCCAGUUGCAGGAACAGCUAAACAUGCAAUGCGAAUGUUCUUCCGGAUCAUAUGCCCAGAUUGACGCCUUAGAGGAAGAACUUGAAAAAAGAGCUCAGCAAUUCGAAACCAAUCUAGAAGUUCUCUCUAAUGCUAAGGUAGAGCAAGAGAAAAGAGCCAUAUGCGCCGAAGAAGAACUGAGAAAGACUAGGUUGCAAAAUGCCAAAACAGCAGAGAAGCUUCAGAAAGAACUUAAAAGGCUCUCAGUGCAAAUAGCAUCCACGUUUCAGGCCAAUGAGAAACUAGCUACCAAAGCGUUGACCGAAGCAAAUGAGCUCCGGCUAGAGAAAAGUCAACUUGAAAAUGAGCUUGUCUCGAUGCAUAAAAAGGUGGAGGAGUGUAUAGAAGGAAUGAACAAUAUGACACGCCUCAUGAAUGAGAAAGACACGUUAGUAGCUGCCCUUCGGUUAGAGAUGGUUGCUCUUAGGGAGCAGCAUAGUGAGCUGAAUAGCCGUAUGUCUGAGGACGAGUUGGAGAAAGAUAAGUUGAGGGAAGAGGUGUCCAAUUUAAAGAGUGAUCUGAAGAAGAAAGAAGACACAUUAAGAGCUUGUUCAAGGAAAGAUAAAUGUACAUUUGCUUCCCAUGAGGUUACUAGUCUCAAGGAGAAAAUCAAGUUGCUCGAGGGUCAAAUCAAGAUGAAGGAAAAUGCUCUCGAGACCUCAACAAAUUCAUAUUUGGAAAAGGAGAAAGAUCUUCAAAAUAAAAUUGAAGAGCUAGAAACAAGAAUAGAAGAACUCAACCAGAAUACUGCCAGUCUUUGUGAACACAUGUCCCAAAAGGAAGGUACAGAAGACUUUGAUCUGAUUUCAGGAACAAGUGAAACACGAAAUAGCAAUAACGAAUUAUGGGAUGAAGUUAGAUUACUGAGAGAGAGGAAAGGAAUAAUGGAAGCUGAGUUGAAGGAAAUGCAAGAGAGAUACUCUGAAAUAAGCCUCAAGUUUGCUGAGGUAGAAGGUGAAAGGCAGCAGCUUGUGAUGAAAGUUCGGAACCUUAAAAGUGCAAAAAAGAGUCCUUGAAUAAACUAUAUUUUAUGUUUCUAUCCACAUGCAAUUUCAUUUCAUUAAAACUUCAAGUUCAAAAAAGAGAAAAAGUUGUAUAUUUGCAAAGGGUAUUUUUUAAUAUAUAUAUAUCUAGUAUGUCAAUUAUAUAUAUUUAUUUUAUAACAAUGUUGACAAUGGCCUUCCUUGCUGUGAAGAUUUCUACUAUAUGUAUUCACAGAUUUUGCAUAAUACUGAAGGAGUUGCU